CGCCGCUUGCUGUGGCACGGCUCUCGAACAACAACUUUGGUAUGCUAGCACUUGCAACGUGGAACGAGUGGAAUGCUGAAUGCUCGUGUAGGCGGCAUACUGAGCCAAGGCCUCCGCAUCGCACCACCCGAGGCUCCCGUCAACGGCUAUGCCUUCGGAAAGGCGUGUAUCUUGCAGACAUCUCGACCAAAAGUGCGAAUUACUCUGUCAGCUCUAGCUCUGGCAAAACAAGUCUGCUUCUCCUAUGCGAAGUCGAGCUCGGUAACCCCGUGUACGAGCUCCUUGGGGGGUGAUGGCAACGCUCGUGAGGGAGCGGAGAAGGAAGGCGCCAUCGCGACAUUUGGCAUCGGCCGUACAGUGCCACAGGGCUGGGUUCAUGCCGGGAACAACAUAUCUAAAGACUUAUAGGGUGUCAAGAUUCCUGAUGUCGAGAAGGAGCCUGUGGACCUGGAGCAACAUCCUACCGCGUAUCUGCAGUACAAUGAGUACAUCGUUUAUGAUGUGGCGCAAAUCCAGCUCCGGUACCUAGUCCGGUUUCAGACGUAGUGGUUCAGGCCAAUUGUAACGGCGUUG